CUCCCGCCCGGCCCCCCCGGCCCGCCCGCCGCCGCUCGUUCGCCGACCCGGCCGAGGAGGCGGAGGAGCGGCCCGGCAAGGACAGCCCAAGGGCGGCCGCCUUGCUCCGGGAAGGAGACGCGCCGCGGCCAUGGCCUCCUCCAGGCCCCUGUCCCGCUUCUGGGAGUGGGGCAGGAACAUCGUGUGCGUGGGGCGCAACUACGCGGAGCACGCCAAGGAGAUGGGCAGCGCCCUGCCCACGGAGCCCCUCUUCUUCCUCAAGCCCUCCUCGGCCUACGUGCGCGAAGGGUCGCCCAUCUUCCGGCCCUACUACUGCCGCAACCUGCACCACGAGGUGGAGCUGGGGGUGGUCAUCGGCAAGAGGGCCCAGGCCGUGUCCCAGGAGGCUGCCAUGGAGCACGUGGCGGGAUAUGCCCUGUGCCUCGACAUGACGGCCAGGGACACGCAGGAGGAGUGCAAAAAGAAGGGGCUGCCCUGGACCUUGGCCAAGGGCUUCGGCUCCUCCUGCCCGGUCAGUGACUUUGUGCCCAAGGAGAAGAUCCCAGACCCUCACAAGCUGCAGAUCUGGCUCAAGGUGAAUGGAAAGCUGAGGCAGGAGGGGGACACCUCCUCCAUGAUCUUCUCCAUCCCUUACCUCAUCAGCUACAUCAGUCAAGUAUUCCCCCUGGAAGAAGGGGACUUGAUUUUGACAGGGUCUCCCAAAGGAGUUGGGUCCGUGGAGGCCAACGAUGAGAUAGAGGCUGGGAUCAAGGAUGUGCUCUCCAUGCGGUUUAAGGUGGCGCAGCAAACACGGGGAUCCUAAACCAGGAGCCUGCCUGGGACGAGGCUCCUUGGGGGACGUCUGGUGAACAAACACUUCCAUGGCCCAAGUGCUCUGUGUGCUUCUCUCCUGUGAUGAUUUGAGCUUUGCCAAUGUAUUGCCUAAAAAUAAAAAUUCUUGAUCAAACAGA